AGCUCAAUUGACCACCUCACAGUCCAACAUGGCGCAGGAGUAUCAAUACUUCUACGAGGAUGAAGUGUACAGAUUUAAUAAAAAGGGAAAUCUGGAGCUUGGAAUGGUAUUGGAAAAUGCAGAGUUCGUGUCUAGUGAUGAAGAAUCUGAUGGUGACGAGGAGGACAAGGUGACGAAGGGUAGCAUCAGGGUGGCCUGGUAUCCAAAGGGGGAGGAACAGGUGCUGCCGGAGAGAAAGGUGGGGUUGGCGGACCGGUCACUGAUGCCAGGGGAUGUCGUGCGGCGGCUUAUACGAGGCAAAGACACGCAGAGAGGCUACUGCCGACAAGUGCACGUUACCUCCAGCGUGCAGGUGGUGGGGACAAACCUGGUGAUCCUCAAUGUUGACAGCAAUGAUCUCACACCCUUAGAGGAAUUCACAACGGACAUUGCGGUGGCCCUGGACUCAUGGGUGGGGAUGGUGCACAUGGUGAAGUGCCGCCUGGUGAUGGUGUGCAGCGAUGGCUCCCGCUGCAUCAUGUCAGACGGAGAGGCGCUGGAGCUGGAUGACCUGAGGGACACACGAGACAGGGUUAGACUGGAUUCAGAAUUCCGUCGCUAUGACUUCUACCCUGGCCAGCAGCUGGUUGGUUGUGCUGUUAACUUUGAGCAGGCCGAGUGGAUGCAUUGUACCAAGGAGAUGGAGACAGCACUUGCCAAGCCACGCAAGACCAUCAAAGUAACUGUGGAGCAGGUGCAGGUGGUGCAGCUCGGUGUUCGGUGGCAGUGCCGUGCGUUCUCCAAUGAGCCAAAUAUUGACAAAGAACAACCAAAGUACCUUGUUCAGGGAGAAGAUCUCAAGAGAGUGAAGAUGCUGAAUGUGUUUGAGCCAUGCACUCUUCAGCUGGGUGACCGCAACUACUAUUCCUCCAAAGAAGGUGACGUGAUCAUGACUCGAGACCAGUGGCGGCGGCUCAUGGCAGCUCAGCUCUCAGCAGACCACACCAAUCCAUGCCCACUCAGGCCACGUCCACCUAAGAAUAAAUCAAAAAGAAAAGUUCGGUCUGUAUUAGCUGGUGCUGUUGAGGUGAAUCCAGAUCCUCCUGUUGUUCCACCUCAAGCAAGUGAAAAUACAGAGUUUGAAGUGACAGUCAUAAAGGAUGUGGAAGGUGCUGAUGGAGGUGUCCCUGUGGAGAACAACAAGGAGGACGGCACUAAUGACAGCGAUGGUUACAUUGAUGUGGACACAGAUGACUGUUCGGACACUGCCUCCAUCAGCAGUGGUGCUUCCACAGGAUCCACUGGGAAACGCAACAAGAAAGGUCCUGCAUUAAUGACAAAAAUGAUGAAGAAACGUAAACUUAAAAGGGCCAAGAGGAAAGCUCCAAGUGAGGCCGCCACCAUCAAGCCAGGUGACCAGCUGGUGGUGGAGACAUUGAUGACAACUUCAAAGGCGGAUGUAGUGUGGCAAGAUGGCACCUUGGAGAAGGCAAUCCUGUCAACUGUUCUCUAUCCAAUCCACCAUCUUGAUGACCAGGAAUUCUUUCCUGGGGACUUUGUGGUGGAGCAAAAAGACAACAUAGACCCACAUGAGUAUGGCGUUGUGCAGAAGGUAGACCAUGCUGGCAGAACUUCCAUUGUGAAGUGGUUCAGAACCUACACUGCUGGAAGUGAUCCACAACCUCAGCUUCUGAGUCAGCAAGAGAUGAGUGUGUAUGACUUGAGGGAUCACCCAGACUUCCGCUACCGUCCUGGCUCAGUAGUUAUCAGGGUCGCCAACUUUGAAGAGAACCAGAACUGUUACACUGGACAAGUGCUGGACAACUUUCCCAGUGGAGAAGUGAGUGUGUGGUGGGUGGAUGGCCAGAAGUCAGUGUGUUACCCUCAGGAUUUGUAUAAAGUUGGGGAAUACGACUCUGAUGAAGGAGAACUUUGGGAUGACACAGCUUCAGAUGAGUCAUGGGAGACAGAGAGUGAACACUCUGUCAUUGCAGAAGAGAGUGAGAGUGAGAGUGAAGGUCUGCUGAAGACCCGCCUCGUUGCCAACAUAGAGAAGGCGCGGAUAGCCAUGAGCCGCCUUGAGGAGAUAUUCACUCAGAAUCCAGCACUCCAGACAACAGCAGUUAUGAAGCAGCUUUUAGAUUGCUAUAAAGAGUGCAGAUACAUGGACAAGCUGAUGGGCACAAGCUUCUUCCAUGAGAGCAACUUUCAGGGACUCAUUGAAAAGGUGCGGGAGCGUGGCCGUGCCUCCACCACCCAGCGCAUGACAGAGCAGAUCAACCGCCUUUUCUCAACCUCUGAUGCUGAGGCCGGCCUGCUCACCUCUCAGUUGAGCUCUGGUGAUGACACGAAGUCUGAAUUGGGCAAGUCUGACAAGGCUGAUGUCCCUAAGAGUAACAAAAGUAGUUCAAGCAACAAGGACAACAAAAGCAGCAAGGAGUGUGGGGGUCCAGCCAACACAGAAGGUGAUAUUUUGUCAUCCAAGGAUGCAAUUUUGAACAGCUCAACUACACUCUCUGAGAACCUGGCAAACCUCAGCAUGUCUCAGUCCAAAGCCAGCAAGCCUGAAAAGAUGUUAGAUGGGGGUCGCAACAGAGGAGGGGAGCUGCGCCACAAGAGAAUGAGUGAGACAGACAUGACCCUUCAUGAGAAAGCUUAUACUGAUACACGCCUCAAGGAUUCCAAAAGCUGCAAUGAUCUCAAGGUGUCGUGUGACAGUGGAGUGACUGAAGAGAUCCGCACAUCCCACAUGUGUGCCCAGCUGUGUUCUCUCAUGAAGGCUCAGCUGCUGAAGACUUAUGAGGAGGUGGUCUUCCGCUUUGGGGGACACUUUGACAUGAGCCUCAUGCAAGAUUGUCAGGAAGAAGAGAGAGUGACAGUGGAUGAAGGAAGAGUCGUUUUAGAUGAGGAGAGAAUGCUGGCAGAGUGGGCACAAAUGCACAGUGAUAACAAGGAAAACAUUCCCAUGUUUGAAGAUAUCGUUAAUGAAAAUACUUCUGCUCCUAAUGCAAACUCUGUUGAAGUGGGCUCUGAGGAUGUGGAGAUGGGGCUAACCGAGGCAGGUGCUGUGUCUGAUGCUACAAAGGAGAAGGAAAUAAGUGAAGAGACACCAUCUCCUUCAUUUGUGUCACCCAUUGCUGCUUCACCAGUCACUAAUGGCAGUGUGAUAACUAGCAAUGGAAAUGAAAGUGAAACCACCAAUAGAAACACCUCUGUGGAAGAUUCUGCCAAUGAUGACUUGAUAGAUGCCAUCAUUGCUAAUGCUGUUGCUGCUGUCAAUGGUGAAGUCUCUGUGUCGGUGAUGGGCAUGUGUCCCGAGGCAGUUGUUAGUCCUGCAGAAGGUGUUGGAGAAGCUAUUGCCAGCUCUGAGCCAGACGGAUUCCAGGUUCUUGAGGCAGCUCCAGACAGUCAUAAGUUCAAGCUCACCAUGUUCCAGCCCACUGACCCUCAGCAUUUCUACCGAACUGUGCGUAAGGAGAUGAAGCUCCUCAACACUUCCCUCCCGCCAGGCAUCUGGGUCAGGGGAUAUGAAGACAGAAUGGACCUGUACUCUGUCAUGAUCCGGGGACCAGAGAGGACACCAUAUGAGGAUGGUCUCUUCUUCUUUGACUUCCAGCUCUCUGCAGAUUAUCCUCGAGCUCCACCUUUAUGUCACUAUGUCACUUAUUGUUCAGACAAGUUGAACCCAAACCUUUAUGAAGAUGGAAAGGUGUGUGUUUCUCUUCUGGGCACCUGGAGUGGGAAGGGGACAGAAGUGUGGACCAGCCAGAGCAAUCUUCUCCAGGUCAUAAUUUCCAUCCAGGGAUUGAUUCUUGUCAGUGAACCAUAUUUCAACGAGGCUGGCUAUGAACGCCAGAAAGGAACUCAGCAAGGACGGGAAAAUUCUCGCAUGUACAACGAAAUGGUUGUGCUGAAGUUGAUUCAAGCAAUGGCCAAAGUUAUUCAAGCACCUCCUGAUAUAUUCAGAAAUGAAAUUAUUCAUCAUUUCCAUAUAAAAGCAGCCAGACAAGUUCAAAGAUUGGAAUGUUGGCUGGAAAUUUCAGAAAAUUACAACAUCACCCACCCUCUGUCACCAACAACUCCCACCACAUUCCGGGAGAUUCAUAACUCAGCUGUCAAGGUUGAUUUACCAGAGUUCCCCUUGAUUCCCGCCUCCAAGGGAUUUUGCAUCACCCUGCGAAAGACUCUGAAGCAGUUCAAGUCCAUACUGGAGAGUGUCGGCGUGUCUUUUGACUCCUUACCUGACUCAGCCGAGGGCAAGGCCGGCCUCACCCCCACAGAGACCCAAGCUUCAGCCGUCCCACCAGCCCUCACCGACCUUGAGAACGUUGCCGGUCGUAACUCGUAGCUAUUAUCCAAUUCUAGCUCAUUUUUCCCAUUUAUUAGUAGUCUAUUUAUUAAUGUUGCUAUUCAGUGCCUGUGUGGGUUGUGGAGUUCGUUGGGUCUUGAGAAGUUUGAAUUUUAUAAUUUGUUUGUUUUCUCUAACAUGGUAAAUCUUUUUCCCUUUUAUAAUGAGGCAAAAAGGAGAUGAUAUAUUGCCAUUACAGUCAGAUAUUUUUUAUUUCACACAUUGUAUUUAAUAGGGAGUACACAUAUUCCUUCGUAUAUUUGGUUAUCCUGAUGAACUGCAGUUGUUAAUCUGUUAAUGAUCUAUAUUUUUGUGAACUUUGUGAUAAUAAUACCUCUAAUACUACUACUUAUUUGUUUAGUUGUUAUGUCUGUGAUUCUCAUUUUGCUUUCAGUAUUUCAAGUAUCAUCCACAUAUCUUCAUACAUACAUGGUUUGUUCUCACGUCUGAAUUUGCUGCAAAGACAUGCAAUUACUGUAUGUGAAAGUUAAGCUGUAAGCAAUGCUGUUGUUUUCCCUGCCGUUGAAUAUCUAUGGGGGCGAGAAUGUUCCCCUGCAUUAGUUAGGCUCUGUCUGAUCCUCUUACUGUGAGGUCUGGCUUUCAGUGUAGCUGUGCAAACCAGAGGUCAUGUCCAACUUCCUAAGUGAGCUGGAAUAUAUACAUCAUUUAUUUAUUUUAUUAUUAUUAUUAUUGUUAUUAUUAUUUUAUUAUUAUCAUUAUUAUUAUUACCAAUGUUUUUAUUUUUUUUGUAAAUGACGAGAUAAAAGUAUAUGAGUUGAAAUUCAGAAUGGAAGCUGGUGCUCAUUAAAUAGUUCAUCACUAACUUUAUAUUUUUUUAAUAUGUAGAUCACCAUUUACAGAUUGUAGCAGGCACCACAAAGAAGGUUUUACCAUUAGUACAGGAACAGCAUCUGUCUUUGCUAGGAAAUAGUUUAUUUCCUUUUUUAUAUAAGAAAAGAUACAUUAUUAAUUAGGUUUGAAGUCAGGAGAACUUAGUUUUUGUUAUUUAUUUUAGUCUGUUAAACCAUUUGUUGUGGGCUCAUACGUGUAUACACUGCCAUUCUCUUCCAACUGAUGUAAGGAGCAGUGCUAAAUAGUGUGGUGAGCUGUGAAUUAAUUUUAAAUUUGAGUCCACUGUACUAUUCAUUAUAAAAGUGCCUUUUUUCAAUAUAUGUCAUUGUUUUCUGUACUUUUUCUUUUUUCAUCUGGAAAUUAAGUUAUGAAUUUGAGCAGAGUGAGUAUUGUAGGAGAGUGAAUAUAUGAAGAAUUCAUAUAUAGUGUUAAGGACUGUUUAGGAAUUGUUAUAACUAGCACAAACACUUUAAUUUUGUGUGGAUGAACACAUCCGUCACGUUUCUGAAGCAAAUGACAGUGGGAUGUGUAUACACUCAACCCUCAAGACUUCAUGGAAUUGACUGUUGUCAUCCAAACCUCUAAAUCACUAAAUCACUUAAAACAUGAUUUAUCAUGUAUAAUUACAAUAAUAUUAUAGAAACAUUUCAGCUGUUGAAAGUCCCUGACUUACAACAAAAUCAUAAUUUUCAUAUUCCCAAAAAUGACUGAGCAUAUACAUUGGAUAAUUGUAUUUUUUUGUGGGGAGUGGGGUGAGGGGGCUAAUAAUCUUUGUCAUUCUCUUGCAUUUUUUUCAUUUUUUUGUACUUUCAAAACAUGAAAUAAUAUCCCUCUGCUACUGAAAAUUUUGUCAUGUUAUAUUGCACAUUAUGCUAUUAACACAUGUAUAUGAGUGUAUGGUUAAUCCCACACUCAAUCUCUUGCUAUGUUUCUGUUAUGCAUGGUCAGGUCAGGUCAGGCCACGGUGCUUAUUAUGAUGUAACAAUGACAGUGUUCAGUGAUGACGUGGCAAAAGUGGAUUUAGUGUACCAAUACACAAACUACAAAUUAUUCCCAUGGAUUUGUAUUUUUUAAAAUUAUUAUUAUUAUCUAUUUAUUAAUUAAUUUAUUUACUUACUUAUUUAUUUUUUUCUUUAUUACCGAGGCUACAGUUAGCUGUGAUAUGAGAGGGUUGAGAGCAUACUAUUGUUUGAAAUUGAGAGGGAAUUUUCAGGUAGGUUAAAAUUUGCAAUCCAUUCAUAGAGUAAUUGUUUUAUGGUGUUGGUACUGAUUUAACCUUGUCUCUGAGUUAUGAAAAGCACAUCAUAGAAUUUUCAUGAAAAAAAAAAGACUGAUAUGGACUUAAGUAGGGAACUGUGAUUUGAAUUAAGUCUUCAAGCUUUAAGAGGCAAUAUUACAAAAACUCAACACAUUUAUUAGUAGUUGCUUAGAUUCUUAUUUAAAUGCUUUGUGUGGUUAGAUUAAAUAUUUAUGUAAUAUUUAUUUAUGUUUGAGUAAGUGGCAACGUGUAGCUGAUGGAAUGGUCAUGUUCAGUACGUAUGAAAAUUGUGUCAGAGACUUAGUGUGCAUCUACAUUGUUUGUCUGGUUAAUAUUAUGGUCUGAAUCUCAUGAUGCGUCAUCACUGAGAUGCAUCACAUUAGAGAUCUUGAAUAUUUAGCAUAAUUUAGUUUUUGAAUUAGUGAUUUGUACAGUAUUGAGGCAAGUGACUUGUUGGUCAGAGCUGUGACUUCAUUUGUGUUGACAAUGAAAGAGUUUCAAGAUUAUGUUUACGCAUUGGACACAAGCAACAGAAAGAUCUCUACUGUUAAAUUUGUUAUAAAGAUGCAUGGAGACUCUGGCCACAUCAUCUGUGCUGAAACUUCGUUGAGGCAGAUCAUGACAGGAUUGUAACCAAUGAGUGUGUCAGCUGCCAGCUACUGUCCUCUUCAAGUAGCCAGUCAAUAGCAUCCUGCUAGCCCAGGAGUGUGAUGGGGACCACUACUAACUCUAUAUACUCUCUCUCUCUCUCUCUCUCUCUCUCUCUCUCUCUCUCUCUCUCUCUCUCUCUCUCUCUCUCUCUCUCUCUCUCGUGUACAUUACAUGUCACUCGCCUCACAAUUGUAGAGAAUGCAUCAGUUUUCCUUCCACAGUACUUGCAUCUUUCUUUUGAAAGUAUCCAUUGGUGUUACAUUAGCUUAUGUGUCAUUCUAGCAAUCCUUAUAUCAAUUGAUUCAAUACAUUGGAUAUAUUUAUUAGGCUGUAUUUGUAAUUGUGUUUUUGGAUUUUUUUUGUUUUACAUUGUUUUCUUAUUGCAUACAAAUAUUUAGAAUGGAUUUUGAUGACUAUUUAUUGAAAUUCUCAAGAGAAGAGAGUGUUACAGUUGCCUACUCUUGUGUAUUCCAUGCCACCUACUUAAAUUAUCACUUUUCUUGGCCUUCACCAUCACUUUGUUGUGUCUGUCAUUCAUGGGGCAAUAGUCACUCAGCCACUCCAAGGGUGAGGAAGACUACCUAAUUAGAACUCACUCAGGUUCUUCGUAGCAUGGCAGGCUUUAUCACUCCAGGAAAGAAAAGUAACUGCUUGUGGUUCAAAUCAUAAUUAUUAUCUCUACUAUCAGUUUGAUUGUCAUUGAUUGUGUUGUGAAAGAGCAUGUUCUUUGUUGUGUGAUAAUUAUACAAUAUGAAAUGUGCCUAUCACUUAAUGAAUUACACAUUUAGUUGCUGUGUGUGUGUGUGUGUGUGUGUGUGUGUGUGUGUGUGUGUGUGUGUGUGUGUGUGUGUGUGUGUGUGUGUGCCUUUUCACACAUACAAGUAUAUAAUUUACUAUUGUUGCAUUAUGCACUGUCUUGGUUCAGUAUGGAUGGGUAUAGUAAUGAUAAAUACACAUACUAGCUUCUCAUUCAGUAUUGCAGACUGUCUGUUAAUGCCAUCAUACAAAGUGGAGUGGUGUUAUAAUAAUUUAAGCUUGUCAUUGAAAACUUGCCAUUGUCUUUACAGAAAUAAUUGUUUUUACAGGAUUUCUCUUAUAACUGACUCUUCAGAAAUUAUCAGGCUUGAUACUGGGUGUCUGCCAUCCUCCUUGUUUACAUAACUGAAAACUGGACCCAAACUGAGUAAUGUGUGUUACCAUCACCUUUACUGUCAUGAUCUCACUACAGCAAUGCAAUGGCUGUCAUUCAUUAUUAUCAUUAUUUUAUUCCCCUAUGCUGUCAUCCUUAUCCAUGAUGGGAAAAUCCAAAAUUUUGGAAUAGAAAGUAAAAUGUUCUUCAAACUGUGUGUAUUCUCACACCAUUCUAUCAUUGAUAGUUCGAGCCAAAGCCCUUGAAGAUAUAUUUUCAUAAUAAUAAACUAGAAGUAUUCUUAAAUAUGUUACAUUAAUAUAUUAUACAUUGAACAUUUUAAUGUCCCUGAUGUUAUGUCAUUAUAGAAAAUGUAUUCAAGACUGGUUGUUAAGUAGGUGAUUUCCCUUUUCCUCAACUAGGUUAUAAAUUAUGAUUUAUUAAAAAAUGUUAGUUCAGUUAGCCCCCUUUAAACAGCAUUAAAAAGGAGAACAGCAGUGAAUAUGGUGAGCAUAAGCAUAACUCUUAUGCUCUUAUACAGUCAAGUUUAUACAGUUCACUUUCUUUUUUAAGGAUUAAACACACACACACACACACACACACACACACACACCUUGUUGUCCUGGUGUGUGCCUGGUCUCAGAUCUAUCCCAAGAUCGGAAAUAAUGAGCUCUGAGCUCGUUCCGUAGGGUAACGUCUGGCUGUCUUGUCAUAGACUGCAGCAGAUCAAACAGUGAAUUACACACACACACACACACACACACACACACACACACACACACACACCCCUAACAUUCUGCAUUUAUGGAGGAUAUCCAGGAGCAAAAUGAGAAUGCUGAGGUGGGGUUUGUUUUGGUAUUCACCUUGUAGCUGUAUUCCUGAGGCUUUAUUAUAUCUGCUCUUUAUCUUGACAAACAUUUCCAGUUCAAUUUUUUUUUUACAAGAAAAAUCUGUUUACAUAUCAGAAUACUAUUGUUGAAGUUAUGAAUUGAAAUAGAGAAUAAUAUAUUUAUGUAUUGGACAUAAGUAAAUUAGAGUAAAACAAGGGCAAUGAAUGGUCAGCACCCAUGAAAAUCAUAUUAUUGGGAGAAUGUUUGGCUAUCUAAGAGUCCCAGCAGUUUUUCACAUAAGCUGAAGUGAAUGCUGGCAAUGGUUGGCUCCAAAAGGAAGCUACGAUUGCUACAUUGUAAGUGCACCUCCAUCAUUUGAUAUUCAUCCCUUUAAUGCAAAUGCUGCAUGUGUAAAUGCCUGGCUAUCAAUUACCUAAAACUUGCUGUUGAAACAAGACAUUGGUUUUAUUUAUAUAACUGUCUAUGCACAAAUCAGCAACCUAUCAGUGAAAUAACUGGUGGUGCCCGUCUUUAAAUCUUCAUGCAGUGAUUAAUACAGACAAUAUUCUGAGCUGGAGUAGUUGGAAAUCAGCCCAAGUAAUCAAGAUGUUUAUUUUCAUUUGCUUUGAUUAUCUUAUCAAAGCUAAAAUGCUUACACAACAUAAUAAAUAUUCAUCAAUCUUCAUAGGAGAGCACACACAUUUUAUAAAGCUAAGAAUUACUGAACCUAUAAUAUGAAAGUGAAAGGUAACUACAAAUUCUGUACACAACUAUAUCCUCUACUUUGUUGUGUCUAUUUUUGCUGUGUGUUUGGGAGCAGCAUGAGUUUCUAGUCAGGCCUUCCCUUUCCUUGCCCUCCUCUGCUUCACCAUAUAGUGUGGUGAUGGCUAAGGGUGUUCUUUACGGUAUUUUGUAUACAGCUCUUUGCUUCUUAAGUUUAACUUUACUAACUUAUUUACCAUGAUGUCACUGUAAUAUAACCUUCCACUAUAGAUGAUAGGAUAUAAGGGCUAUUCAGUGUUUCCACAGUUGUGUCUAUGCACAAGAUUUUUAUCAGUAUGUAUAAUAUAUUGGACUUUUUUGUGGUUUGUUUGAUGAAGGUGUUUGAGAAUAUUUUGAUUGUCAUGACCAUCGUAUUACUGAAGUAAACAGAUUCAUGCAAGCUUACUUUAUUACUUGGGAAAUACUUAGAUUUUUCUUGUGAUGUAGUACACCUUGCAUAUAUGAUAUAUGAUAUAUAUAUAUAUAUAUAUAUAUAUAUAUAUAUAUAUAUAUAUAUAUAUAUAUAUAUAUAUAUAUACCAUCCAUUCCUAUUUUCAUUAUUAUUACUUGUCAUUGCUUUACGGAUACAGAGAUUAAUUUUUCAGGUUCAUACUUGCAUAAUUCUGGAUAGAUGAUAGAAGUUGUUGCUUAAUGAUAUAUGACUUCUUUGUAUAUGCACAUGUAAAAGAUGAAAUUACAUGAUACAUAUUAGAUGCUGAUGUUUGCAGCAGAGCACUGUCCAUAUGAUGCAAUUGGCAAUGCAUGUAGUUCUUAAAAGAUAGCAGAAAUAAUGCCAGUUGCAAGUUAGUCUCACAAGCCCAUCACCAUAUGAGUAUUAUUUGAUCAAUUCCACAUUUGAUGGCAGCAUGACUUUGAGGGUUUUCUCAGUUUGAGUUAGUCCAAGUAAUCAUUGAUGUUUCAGGCUUCAGUCAUGUUUGUACAGUUUGCUCUUGAAGAGAAGACGUAUGAAAUAUAUUUGGAUACCAUUUUGUAUCAUGGUAUGUUGAAUAGUAUCUCACAGCAUAGUAGAUGUAGUUGUACAUUAAAAAGCUAAAGUUUAUCAGUUUGCAGAAUAACAAAAGUAUUUGUUAUGACACUCUUCAAUGUUGAUUUUGAUGAUAUUGUACUAUUCAUGUCAUAGUAUAAUUUUUCUAUUCAGCAUAAUAAUUACACAAGUUGGAAGUAUGUACAACAUUGUCAGGUGAGAAGUAUCAAUUCCUUGCAAUUUUUAGCUUCAUUCUUUUACCAUUUGACACAUUUGGUUGUAUGUUGUAUGAGCUAUAUUAAAGUAAAAGAUAAUUAAAA